CGGAAGUGGGUCUUUCUCAGCGUGGCUAACUGUCGGAGCUCGUGAGUGAAAACAAAAUGUGACGUGGCUAAUCCUGGUGGACAGAAAGAAAAACAGCGAGAAAACCUUCAGUGUCAAAGUAUCUACUGGGAAACUAAAAAGCGUUUAAGGCGUACAAACCGACAAAAAAAAAAAAAAAGAAGAUCAACAUUUUCCCGCCGUUAACUUUGGGACGGAAACCGGUAGCAGGCUGGGCUGACGUUAGCUAGCAUCAAGAGGCAUGCACUAAAAGACGUCAAGAUGUCAGACAGCGAAGCUACAGCGGCAGCAGAGGGUGCAGAGGUGGCACAAGAAGAGUUUCAGGAUGCCCGCGAAACGCCCGACAGCUCCCCGCCGACGACGCCCGACAUCUCGACCGACGUGGCCCCGACGAGGAAAGCCAGGAGGAGACCGGACCCCAAACCUGCAGCAGCUGAAGUUGAGGAGAAGCCGAAAGUGGAGGAGCAGCCGGCGAAGACACCCAGUGACUCCACUGUGUCUCAGGGUGGGUGGGGAUACUGGGGCAGCUGGGGGAAAUCCAUCCUAUCCACAGCAACAGCCACUGUGGCCACUGUGGGUCAAGGGCUCACUCAGGUGAUAGAGAAGGCGGAGACGUCUCUGGGAAUCCCCAGCCCGACCGAGCUGUCGGCACAAGCUGAGGAAGAGCAGAAAGAGCAGGGUGAGGCCAGCAGUCAGACGGACAGAGCGGCAGGAGAAGGAUCGGUGGCAAUGGGAAGUGCGAUGGGAAUGCUGACGUCCCUCACCAGCGUCGUCCAGAGUACUGGGAAAACGGUGAUAACAGGCGGUCUGGAUGCUUUGGAGUUCAUCGGGAAGAAGACGAUGGACGUGAUAGCAGAAGGUGAUCCGGGCUUUAAGAAGACCAAAGGACUGAUUAACAGGAACUCCACUCUGUCUCAGGUGUUGAGGGAGGCGAAGGAGCGAGAGGAGCUGCAGCAGACGGCAGAGAAAGAGUCUGACUCCGAGAAGAAGGCGGUGGCUCACUACGGGAUGCUGUUUGAUGAGUUUCAGGGUCUGUCCCACCUCGAGGCGCUGGAGAUUCUGUCUCGAGAGAGUGAGUCUAAGGUGAAGUCGGUGCUGACCACCCUGUCGGGAGACGAGCUGGUUCAGCUCAGAGAAGAGCUGGAACUCAUCAAGGAGUCUUUCUCCCUGGUGGAGUUUGACGAGGAGGAAGUGGACGAGAAGAAAGACGAAGACGGCUCAGAGUUUGAGAAGGAGAUAAUGGAGGCCUUGGAGGGUCUCAGCAUCACUGCCACCGCUGAAAAACUCAGCAAGGCCUGUAAGAGCACCUGCAGCCAGAUCACUGACAUGAUCAAACCACAGGAGGAGGAGAGUGAAGAGGACAUGAAGAAGGCGCUCUCUGUCGAGGAGAUUCACGCUGCAGCCAUCAGGAGUCUGGCCGAGCUGACGGCUCGAUCCAUCGAGCUUUUCCACAAGCUGGCUGAGAUGAUCCUCUUCGCCAACAGCAGCACCGAGGCCGGCGUUCUGUCACAGUUAACUGUUGUCCUGUGUAAAGAAAUCUCACUGCUUUCCAAGAGGUUCACGUCCUGUUUAACAACAGCUGGGUCAAACGAGAAGGGCGAUGUCCUCAACCCGCUGAUAACAGGAGUCUUUUUAGAGGCAUCCAACAGCGCGUCCUACAUCCAGGAUGCCUUCCAGCUCCUGAUGCCCAUCCUGGAGAUCUCCCACAUCCAGAGGAGAGCCGAGUCCUCAGAGCAGUGACCAGCCGGGCCUCUUUGUCACAGCAGAGAACUGACACGUCUUUCAAACUUUGUGUAUAAAAAAAAAUCGUCUGCGUCAGCUCUUACUCUUGUCUGGUUUUCAGCCUCAGGACGAAUCAAUUUCACGCCGGGGAGGAGAAGCGUGUCUUUGUCAAACAGUGUUAACCUUUUUCUGGCAUUGCAGGUUUAUAAUUGUAAAGCCCAGUAGAUGGACUCGUUGAAGUGCGGGCUUGAGACAGUCUGCAUCAUGUGUUAAACAGAGAGCAACUUAUUGUUCUCCGUUUGGUUCUCACAUGUACACCAUCUACUUUUUUUUUCUCUUCUGAUAGCACUUUUGCUCAUAACUAUUUCAAUUCUGCCUCGAAGAACACUUUAAAAAAUAUAUACAGGAUGGAAACACUAGUCAGAAUUAGUUUGAAACAGGUGUCUUAUAAUAAAUAAGAUAUAUAUCGAUGUAUUACUGCUCUAAAACACUGCCAUGAAACAUGUUGCUGGUCCUGGAACAGUUAGGACCUGAGUCUCUUUGCUCAUGUAGGCUCGGACGUAAAACUGACAAAACUCACACGCUAAUCUAACCUGGAUUCUAGCUGUUUCAAGAAGCCUUGAAAAGCCUUGAAGGUUUGUUUUUUUUAAUUUUGGUAUCCUCCGCAAAACAUGAGCAGGCUGGCUGUAAUCAGUCUGCAGGAGUGUCGGUCUGAAGACUUUGUUGCUUUCCCUUGUAUACUCAAUAGUUUUGUAUCCAAAUAUCGGCUUUAAAUAAGUAUUUUUCUGUUAUCUGCAAGUACAAGACAUCUUCACAGUUUUCAAUGUUCUUUUAUUGUUCAAACGACAUUUUCCUUUCAGAGUCUUGAAAGACCGGGAACAUAACCUUACGCUCUUUUAUACGCCACUUUGUGUUCAUACAGAGGGUGUAGAUCAAAAGUGAUUCACAAAAGAGUGAAAAGACGAGAACAGGUGCAGAUGCUGCACGAUAAAACCACACAACUAGAACAGGCUUGCUAAAAACGAUAAGAGAGGACGGUAUGGAAAAGAUAAGAUGGCUAAAAAAAA